AUGGUAAUAUUAUGUUUCUUAUUUGCAUCAUUUUUGGUUCAUGCUUCAUCAGAAGCAUCAAAAGAAGAAAUACAAAAUAAAACUCUUAAUGAAUUUAUGAAAAAGUUUCAUAUAAAAAGUAAUUUAUUUCAAAAUGAUAAUGUUAUAAUGGGAUCAUUAGCUACUUUAGAAAAUUGGAAAUUUAUUAUAAUUGAUGUUAUCUUCUUUUCUACAAUUUAUUUUUUUUUAAUUAUUUUUUCACUUUACAAAUAUACAAGAUAUAUGAAAUCUGUUGCUUCAAAAAUAUCUGAAACAACCAAAAGAUUAUAUUUAGAUUUUUUAAGAAUUAUUACCCUCCAAGCAUGUACACCAUUUAUUAUAGCUUUUCCAUCAAUUGUUAUAUUUUUAAUUACUGUAGCUAUUGGUUAUAGUAAAAAUAUUCCAUUUCUUGGGGAUGUAUUAGUUAAAUUAUUAUGUACUACACCAACAAUUAAUUCUAUGUUAUUUAUUUUUUUACCAAAAAAAAAUAGAAAAAGAUUUGUUGCAUUGUUUAGAAAUGUUAUUACAAGAAAAGAUUCAUUUUUAUCAAGUGAUACAUUUAAUGGAUCAAAUCAUAAAAGUACUUAUGAACAUUCUACUAAUAAAAGAAAAAAUAAUAUUGUACCAAGUGAUGUACAAACUUUAAGAAUUCAACGAAAAGUUUCUUUUAUUGCAUGA